UGCGGCUGGCGGCAGUGACGGCCCCAGCGCUGACGGCGGCGGCCGCGGGGGCGGUGUGGACCCCCACGGCCCUGGCUGGGGCAUCACCGCCGGCCUCGACCCCGAAAUGGCGCUCCUGGCCGAGCACCUACUGAAGCCGCUGCCCGCGGACAAGCAGAUCGAGACCGGGCCCUUCCUCGAGGCGGUUUCCCACCUGCCGCCCUUCUUCGAUUGCCUCGGGUCCCCAGUGUUCACCCCCAUCAAGGCGGACAUAAGUGGCAACAUCACGAAAAUCAAGGCCGUCUAUGACACCAACCCAACCAAGUUCCGGACCCUGCAGAACAUCCUGGAGGUGGAGAAGGAAAUGUAUGGAGCAGAGUGGCCCAGAGUGGGAGCCACGCUGGCCCUGAUGUGGCUGAAAAGAGGCCUCCGCUUCAUCCAGGUCUUCCUCCAGAGCAUCUGCGACGGGGAGCGUGAUGAGAGCCACCCCAACCACAUCCGCGUCAAUGCCACCAAGGCCUACGAGAUGGCCCUGAAGAAGUACCACGGCUGGAUUGUGCAGAAGAUCUUCCAGGCAGCGCUGUUUGCGGCUCCCUAUAAGUCCGACUUCCUGAAAGCACUCUCCAAGGGCCAGAACGUGACGGAGGAGGAGUGCCUGGAGAAGACCCGCCUCUUCCUGGUCAACUUCACGGCCACCAUCGAUGUCAUCUACGAGAUGUACACUAAGAUGAACGCCGAGCUCAACUACAAGGUGUAGGCGGGCCAGCCACUCACAGAAACGGGCAUACCCGAGUCACUGUGAACCCAGCAGGCGGCAGGCCGGCGUCCCCCAGGGUGGCCGGCCCUGGCCUGGUCUGCAGGGCCGGGCCCUGUUUUUUUUUAAGUCAUUUUGAGGUCUAUUCUAAUGAAGCAAUAAAUAACCACCCUACUUCUGAAUCUCCUUUGAAUUUCACAACAGCACAGACUGACUUUAGAACCUUCAUUUCAGUGUGGUAAAACCAAUUAAUGUUUCUAAUAAAUCAGGUCCUAGGGUUUCCCCCCUUUCUGGGGGAUGGUAUCCUGUGCUUCACUUCAAAAAUAUGCACAGUCCUGAUGGGGAGCUGCUUGAAUGAAGCUUUGGAUGUUUUAAGCACCAUGAUGAGUCUGAUUGGAAAUGAUACAGGACUGCUGUCGUUGGGAUUUUUUUUAAGCAAGCUGGUGUAUGUUCUGUGGUCACAUAGCCCAGCCUCACAACACUGUCUACACAGCCUGUUCUUCCUCACUGUCUUUCUCCAGACGGUUUUUUUAAGUAGCUGAAACCAACCAGCAAGCCUUUGAUGGGGACAGGGCCGUAUUUUAAAACUAUCAGGCACAAAUAAUUGACCAUAGGUGGCUGUAUUUCCCUUACUCCGCAUAAUUACCUUCAGGGACAGCUUUCCAACCUAAGGAACUACCUACCACAUGUGUUUUCCCAAGGGGGAGAGAAUGAACCCCUCCAGCUGCUGAGACCCAAGAAAAUGCCUCACUGCCUUAACUGUCCUUCCUGGCGCUAAACAGAGCUGUAUUUUUUUUAAAGUGUGGGGGUGAACAAAGCCACCCCCAAGGGAAUUGAUGUGUGUUGAAAACCCAAUGAGGAACAAUUGGUAAUUUUUAUGCAGGAAAUAAAUAAUCCUUAAUAAAUAAAUCUAUUUUGGAAUCACA